AUGCCAGCUUCUGAGUCUCGUCAAAACCGUCGUGAAUCGCCACCAAAAGCUGAAACCUCACAUUGUGGCCAUAAAAACGCCGUGGACGAGUCUGAAAGUAGGAGGCAAAGCCGCAAGAGAGGGAAGAAUGCCGUUCAAAAAGAGACAAUCACGGCGAAGGAUGCAGACACAACUGUGGCAAACGAGGUGGGAGACAAUCAAAUUUCAACGACAUCAGGAAGUGCCAAUGUCAGGGCUUCAAGGCCUUCUCCAUCUCGAAGCGAUUUCGCUAAGUCAACGGUGCUGGAUGCGCUGAACUCGGCUGAGAAAGUGUCUGAUUCAGAUGGCUAUAACCUCGCCGGCGCUUGGGUACAGCCGACGUCAUUCUCUAGGACCCCAUCAACAGAUCUCUUGGAAGGCAUGACCAUGGGCGUGUCUCCUCCCACUUUCGGCAAUGAGCUGGAGAGGGGCGGGUUUAGCAGCAAAACACCACCCUCCUCCCCUCCGACGCGCAAGAGCAGGCCCGUCAGCUCAGGUGCCGGACAAUAUCACCCUCAAGCACGACACUCACUCUCGGAGAGAUCUUUGCAUAUGUCACAGCAGCCAUUUGUUGUCUCGUCUCCGCCACCGCCACAUCUUCCGCAGGCUCACUUCUAUGGUCUGCCCGAGAUCGACCUUGGCGCUGGGAUUCGACUUCGGGAAGAGAGAUCCGAUAGGACAACGCAAUCUUUAAGUUUUAUAGAUCUUCCCUCACAAAGUAAUAGGCGACGAAACAACCGCCUGAAGGGAGUUCUAUUGGCCUCUGAAGACAGAUGCGACAUCGUCGCGCUACAGAAAGAUAAGUUGGCCGCUCUUGGGGCACUUCAGGGAGUCGGUGGUACAAUCGUUGAUGCUAAAAUUCUGACUUGGGAGGUUGGUCCUGAUCCAUUCUAUAGCCUCAGGCCGCUCGUGUCGCUGAUCGUUCAUGGACCGAGACGUCGGGACUAUGCACCGCCACCGACGAUGGACUCAGCCUUGGAUGAAGACAGAACAAUAACAGGCACUCCUGCAAGGUUAAAUGAUUGCACCGAUUUUCAAACGAGUGUUGAGAUAUAUUCACUGGCAACGCAGCAACACCUAGCAACCCUCUUGUGGAGCCAACCAAACCCUGGGCUUCCGAAUAUAAGAGGCUUGCCUAUGAGUGUGCCGCCGCCUGUAGGUAAUUUGAAGUUGGAUGCGCGAGGAAACUUUGUGACUAUAUCCUCCGGUACGAGUGGAGAGAUCUUUGUUUUUGGGGUCGAUAGGGAUACUGCCAGGUUUGAUUGCAUGGCAAAAUUCUGGACCAGCGUCCAGAGUUUGCAAGAUCGACGAUAUUCCAACUCCAGCAAUUCGACAGAGCCCGACGCGUCACCUGCUGAUGUGAACCGUGGCGGCAAAAUUACGCAGUUACCGAUCAUGUCGUUGAGCAGCCGGUGGCUUGCUGUUGUGCCGCCAGGUCCUAGCGCCUGUCAGCCUCUCCCUGUCAUUACUGGACCAAGGUCGAGUUCUAGGAUUGUACCCGGCCUGGAUUCCCGUAACGCACCUCCACAGCCACCGGUCUCAUGCACUUCAGAGUCUCCGGACGCCGAGAGCUUGAUAAACCGGGUUGCCCGAGGGGUAGCACAAGAGGUCGUCAAAGGUGCUCGAUGGUUAGGAGGCCAGGGACUUCAAACCUGGAACAAUUACUGGAACCGAGACCAAUACGGGAAUGCGCAAAGCCCUGCACUCAACGUCUACCACGCCGACUCGCAUCUACCUGCUGGGAUCUUUCCCCCAACCCAUGCCCCAGAGUCGCGGCCAACUUCAGUAGAACCUCAACUUAUCUCCAUCAUCGAUCUUCACAUGCUUGCAAGUGAAUCUUAUGCAAACUACUCCGACACAGCUGUAGCUACUACAACGUUCCAGCCUCCGAAUGGUGUCAGUUUUCUCUCGUUCUCUCCUGACGGCCUCGCACUCAUUUCUGUGACCCGAAAAGGGGAUGUACAGUAUGUGUGGGAUCUGAAACAAUGUAGGCAUGUCAGAGCCGGCAGCUUGAUUGCCAACCCAAAUUCAGAGACGUCAACAAGGUCUGCAAAGGUGACGCAGUUAGCGAAAUUUGCUCGGUUGACGCCUUCGAGCAUUAUUGAUAUUGAAUGGAGAGGUCCCACGGGCGACCAAUUUGCCGUCAUUACGAGAAAUGGCACGGUCCACAUAUUUGAUUUGCCUCUUUCAGCGUUUCAUUGGCCUUCACGUCGACGGUCCGUUCGAUUGGUACCCUCCUCGGCACCUGCGAGCCCAGCUGUGAACGCACAACCAGAUGAACCAACCACUGCUGGAAGCGUCUUCUCAUCAGCCAUGAAGUUGGCUAGCAAGACACAGCCAAUACUGUCCAACCUUCGAGGGAGAGCUCCGAGCAUCGGUACGAGCAUUAUCGGCGGCAAUGGGAAUAACACCAUCAGCCUUGCUUCGGCUACCGGCAUUCGGGGGAGCAAGGUAGUGGCAGCGGGCUUGAGUAAGUCAGUCGGAGCUGCUGCGGGCACCGUGAGCUCCCUCAGACAUGCCGGAGACAACAGGCUUCAUCUCAACAGCCUGGUGAAGAAUCCGGCGCGUUCGCAUGUUUGCUGGAGCCAAGACCGAGGACAGUCUACUCUACUCGUCCUCGACGAUCAAUGCAUCAAAUCGUUCCCCGUUUCAAGGAGACGAUCAUCUGCCAAACCGGGACGGCAACCGCUAUCGGUCAUCGACGCCAAUCCAAAGCUCAGCUUGGUGCUCCCUGCCUUGGAGCAGUUAUCCAAUCUCGGUGCUACCUCGAAGACUGCUCCAGAAUCAGAUGAUGACACCGGCGAAAAAUCAGUUACCGGUUACUGGAAGCUAUUGCCGCCAUCAAAGCCGCCGCAAUGCCCUCAUAUCAUCCAUCCACUUUCUUUCUCUGAGAUUGAGACAAAUGCACCAUACCAGCCAUUCCACUCCGAUCGCAGAGUCAAUUUGUUCAUCUACAAUGAUAGAUCUGCUGGAGAUACUGCGAGUGAAUCACAUGAGCCGUGGGCGUUCGGUAACGAUAUCCCAACGAUAAGGCUGAAUAUUCGACCUGCGGCUCUCAGUGAUGAAGAAGAGCACAAUGUCGGUGCAUCCGUCCUUUAUCGACAAACUUCCACCACGACUGGCGAGUCAACUGGUGGCGAAGAAGGCCGAGCAGAGCAGGUCGUUGUAACGACGAGAAGAAGGAAGGCCAAGACUCCUCGUCAGUCGAUGCUUGCUGCCGGAAUCCAAUCAGAGGAGGACGAUGGCUUUUUCGAGGAUGACUGCGAUGUGUUGGAUUUUGCUGAGGAUCGGGUGUGA